UCUGUUUGUUUUGGCGGUGUUUUUGUUGUUGUUGUUUUUUAUCAGUGAAAACCAGAUCUGCUCAAGUUUGCCAUCACGAGAAAAGGAAAAAGCAGCACAUUUUGACAUUUGAGUCUCAAAGAAUAAUUAAUACUCGUGAUUUCUUUUUUUCUGACUGUAAAUGACUGGCAGCAAAUUUAAAUUAUGCAAACCAGCUGCAAAAAACUGCAUUUGCCUGCUUUAUUUGUUAUGAAAAUCAUAACAAGUAAACUGUUUUUCUCUAGGCCUUGUAUGUUUAUUUUUGUGUUUUUAAGCUAUUAAUUUGACAGAAUACAAUUUGAAAACAUUCAUUAGCAAUAAACUUAAACUUGUUUCUUCUGUUUUCAGCAGCCUGCAGAAAAUUAAACCACACUUUAGGAAACGUGUGGAGUCCUUUUUUCCUCCUGUUUCUUUUCCUUUUACUCUGUCCUAUCCCGACCACCUCACCCUCUGUUUCCACGUCUGUCCCCCCUCAUCAUUGCCACUCUUUCCUAUUUUGGGCCACGUCCAUCUGUCUCCGGCUCAUUUCCCCUGCCCUCACAUCCAGUGACAUGGCCUCGGCUGAGUCACCGCAGUCCAGUGUCCUUCAGGAUGAGCUCACCUGUCCGGUGUGCUUGGACUUGUACCGGGACCCUCACUUGCUUCCUUGCGGGCACAACUUCUGCAAGACUUGCCUCGAUCGCCUAAAGCGGCAGGCAGAGCGGAGUCACUUCCGCUGUCCAGAAUGCCGUAACAGCCACCAGUGUAACACCAACUUUCAGAAAAACUUUAAACUUGCCAAUAUCGCCGAUGACUACCGUCACAGGCGCAGGGUUCGUGCCAUGCCUCCCACAGCUUUAAAAUCAAGGGAUCUGCCGUCGUCUUCUCUCGUGCCACAACCUUGCAGGAAUGGGAUUGCUGUGCCAUGUGACUACUGCCCUUCAGGCUCUGCCGAGGCACCGGCUGUCAGUGCUGCUGUGGACUGCUCUUCUGCUGCUUCUGUUUCUCAACAAGGGGGUGAUAGCGAGGGAGCAGCAGCUGCUGCUGCUGCCGCUUCGAUGUUUGCAGUAAAGACCUGCUUGAAAUGCGAGGUGUCGAUGUGCCAAGAGCAUUUAAAGCCACAUCUGGAACUGCCGGCAUUCCGCAUGCAUCCUCUCACCGAGCCGAUGAAUGACUUCUGGAAGAGGAAGUGCCGUGAUCAUGAUGAGAUCUACAGAUACUACUGCAUUGAUGACAAGAUAUGUGUGUGCAACGCCUGUACCAUAGAGGGAGGACACUCAGGACACACGAUCAAGACUCUGAAAAAUACAAUGAAGGAUAUAAAGGGGGUGCUGGACAAGCAGCUGUACAGGAUAGAAAGGAAGUACAGCAUGGCUGAGAAAAAAUUCCAGGAGCAGAAGGAGAAGGAGCGGCACAGUAAAGUGUGCCUCUUGCCUCACCUGAUACUGCGCUCUGAAUCAACCAGCUCCACCUUUCCCAUCAGCAGUCAGGCAAAGAGCACAGCCCAGAAACAAACUGUCACUUCUUUUGUCUUGGUGCACUUUAGUUACCGCAGGCAGCUAAGGAAAAACAUGUUUUACCCAGAGUAUGUCGACAUGGAGACGGAGGGUGUGGGAAUGACGAUGGAAGAGGAAAUGAGAAAAUUUCUGGAAGAUGAGCUCCGGCCUCACAUUAGCGAUGCUAUCAAUUCCCUGUGCUACGUUUCUGAUCCUGAGGAGGAGCAGGACGAGAAUGAGGAAGAGGCUCCGGAGGAGGACGAGGAGGAGGACGAUGAAGAUGAAGACGACCUAGAUGACAGCAGCGAAGAGGAAAUGAGAAGCGAGGGGGAGGAGGAGGAAGACGAUGAGGAGGAAGAUGGGGUGGGACCGCAUGAUGAUGAUUACAGCCCGGAGGAAGAGGAGGAGGAGGAGGAUGUUGAAGAGGAGGAGGAAGAAGAAGAAGAGGAUGGGGAUGAGGAGGAGGAUGACGAAGAAAGAGGAGUUUAAUAGCAUUAUUUUCCACCUAAUGAAGCACUUUGAAGUCGAUUCUCGACUGUGGAUGAGUGCACAGUCACAUGACAAAUCGCUAGUCUUCGUGUUCGCAGAAUGUGAAGAUUAAGACUCAAGAAGCCCCACAAUUUGCCUCUAACCCUCACACAGCAUCCAGACACAUGCCGGGCAGUGAAAGCCUCCAGUUCAGCUGGACUUGAAAUAAAUCAAGGGCUGAGAAUGUGUUGAAGUGACUUUCACCCUAAACAUGUGUCGCACACUGGCAAACCUAAUUCAGGUGCUUUCCUUUAGAAUCAUUCGCUGUACAUGAAUGUGAAUGUAUAACGGCUCAGUUUGGGAAACCUUUGCACGUCUGUGACGCCAGAUUUUCGAGCACUUUGCCAAAAAGAUUUUUUAGAAAGUGUGAGAAUUUACUCUUUCACCUUGUUAGCUAGAUUCGCUCUAGCUUGAUUGAAGAACUUUCUGCAAAACGUUUGAUACAACAAUAGCUCCAAAGAAAGCCCUUUGAUCAGAACUUCUGCUGAAGGCUCUGAGAAAUCUGCUGGAACAGAACCCGUGUAUGAGCUUGUGAUUGUUUCAGCAUUGUAAGCCAAAGAGAAAAGGUUGUGAGUGAGAGUGUGUGUGCAUGCAUACUUUAGGAGAUGUUUGUCUGCUUGGCAUGGUGUUUAAAGAAAUGUGCUAACAGAAGUUUACUGCAGAAUGACUUUUUGCUUUUUGUGCUUUAAAAGCAGUUAACGCAUUUACAAACAUGUAAAAACAAAAAUAAUUGUUCCUAUGCACAGUUCAUACAUUCUUCUUAAAAUACCAGUUUUAGGUGAUGUGUACUUUCGCACUUUACUACUGUUAAGGCUGUGGUACACCUGAAACCCUUGAAUGUCGACAGCUGAUUUCCAUUUUGAUAAAAUUAUUUGAGGGGCCAAACUUCAGGAAUUGUAAAAAUUAAAAAUAAUAAUAAAAGCCUGGUGAAUGUG